CAGACGUUUCUCCGUCGCUGCCGCUUUCGCCGCCAAAGUAAAAUUCUCGUCGGCGUGAAAAGUGUAUUUCAAUUAUUAUUGUUUGUUUUUAAAAUAAAAAUAUAUAUCAAUCGUUCCGGUUUCUUUGCUGCAACCAGCAAUUUUAAAACGACAAAAUUUAUUUUUUCGCGUUGUAGGCCGAUCGCGUCGGCCGUUUCGUCGCCUGUCGUAAUAUUAUUAUUUGUACUGUUUUAGCAAUCAUUUAGUAUUAUACGCGUCGAUAGCGCCGGUUUGUUUCGUUCGUUUAUUUUGUCGGUAUUUUUCACUGUUUGGCUGGGUCGAGGAUAUCGAAGUAUAGAUUUAAAUAAACACGUGUCCAUCGAAUGAGGGCGCAGUGUCGCUGCUGGCAACAGCACCGUCCCGCGUCGGUGACGGGCGGCCGACGGCUGCGGCCGUCGUCGCGUUGACGUCCCCACGGUAUCCGGAUGUGGCCGAGCCGUCGCCCGUAUGCGGGUGAACCGAUGACCUGUCUGCGGUGUAUGAGCAGGAGGAGGAGCGGGAGGAGCGGCUGCAGCGACAGCAGCGGCACGCUUUCGGCCACGGUCCGCCAUCACCGGUUGCGGUCGAGCAUCACCUAGGCACAGCGGCCGACACGGCGACACCACCACAACCACACCAACACCACGAACACCACCGCUGCCGCGGCCAUACGCAUGAUUUCCGCCCUGGACGUGGUCGCGUUCGGCAACGACAGCUCGCCGCUGACGGUCGGCGGCAAUGACACGGCGGGCGGUGCCGCGCCCUCCAACGACACGGCCGCAAACGGUGUCAUUCAGUUCCUCGACGACGACCUGUCGUUCCCUGGUUACAUACGCACCACGUGCAUGGUGGUGUGUGUCAUCAUACUGGGCGUAGGCGUGGUCGGCAACAUGAUGGUGCCGAUCGUCAUACUCAAGUCCAAGGACAUGCGCAACUCGACCAACAUAUUUCUGAUGAACCUGAGCAUCGCCGACCUCAUGGUGCUGCUCAUAUGCACGCCCACCGUAUUCGUGGAGGUCAACUCCAGACCAGAAACGUGGGUGCUCGGCGAGGAGUUAUGUAAAGCAGUGCCUUUCGUCGAGCUCACGGUAGCCCAUGCUUCCGUACUGACCAUACUGGCCAUCAGCUUCGAACGAUAUUACGCCAUUUGCGAACCGCUGCGUGCCGGUUACGUAUGCACCAAGACCAGAGCAAUGAUCAUCUGCCUGCUGGCCUGGGGACUGGCCGCACUGUUCACUAGUCCGAUCACGAUGAUCUCAGAAUACACGCAAAUGGACUACAUCGACGGUACCAAGGUGCCGGUGUGCCUGACCAAAGCCAACACGUUCUGGCCGAUAGCGUUCUUCGUGACCAUCAUCGGCGCGUUCUUCGUGAUACCGCUUUUCGUGCUGGUCGUCUUGUACACGGUGAUCGCGGCGCACCUGAUGGCCGACCCGGGCACCAGCUGCACGGACAGCGCGUGCAACCAGCGCGCCCGCCGACAGGUGGUGCUCAUGCUGGCCACCGUCGUGCUGUCCUUCUUCGUGUGCCUGCUCCCGUUCCGCGUGUUCACCAUGUGGAUCAUACUGGUGCCGGAGCACACGUUCCUGGACCUGGGCCUCAAGCACUACUACAUCAUACUGUACACGUCCCGGGUCAUGGUCUACCUGAACUCGGCCGUCAAUCCGAUCCUGUACAACCUGAUGUCGUCAAAGUUCCGGCGCGGCUUCUGCAAGCUCUGCCGGUCCCAGUGCGGUAGCGGUGGCGUCGACGACGGCUACGACAGCUACGACGACAGCACUGCAGGCGGUUGCGGCGUCACCGGGUGCGGCGGGCGCAGGCGCAGGCGUCGCGGACGCCGCCGGGACGUGUUCCGGCUCCGGCACACCGGCACCCUUACCACUACGCUGUCGAGGUCGUGUAGCGGACCACAGACGCGCACCGCCGUAUGCGGUAACGGCACGCGGAACGGUUCGGCCCGGCGGCAUGUCGACGUCACCAGCACGGCCGCGGCAGUCGUCACCGCCCUGCUCGGCCGUCACCGCGGCGUCAAGACGCAUCUGCAGGUCGACGACGAUCAUCUCAAAGAGAGUUUUGUAUGACCACCGCCGCCGCCACCUCCGGCGCUGACUGCUUUCCGCAAACUAUAAUUUAAUAAUUCGUAAAUUCUUAUUGGUUCUCAGAUAUUGUGCUGAGAUUUAUGUAUAUAUUUUUAUAUAUUGUAAACCAUAACUGCAGUGAUUGUAUCGUAAUUAUAAAUAAUAUUAUACGAUUGUACCACGAUUUGAGAUAGUACCUGUUGUGGGGUGACCCAUCGACUUGCGAUGAUAACAGUUGUAGAAUGCCAGUCAAAUGAAAUAGCCGCGACAACAGAUUUCUCGAUUUAUAAAAAUACGACAAUACGAUGAUUAAGCGAUUUGUAAAACCUACCAUACGAGUAUUACGGGAUAGAUUCUACAGUGUUUCUCGAACGAGUAAGCUCACUGGUGGGCCGCGAUCCAUCUCUGGUGAAUCGAUAAGCACUUUAUUAUUAAAAAUAAAUUUGUACAAUUAUAUUAAUUAUAAACCAAUGAAAUAUUGAUCAUUAAAGUUUUUUUCUGAGAAACUUUGACCGCGAUGUUUAAAAAGAAACACUGUAAAAUUGUAUCCACCCGUAGUGGUAAGAAUCGAGUUUUUUAGUAGGUAAGACAUCCUAUCAUUAUUAGUUGAUGGGUAACCAAACUAUCUUAGAUUCAUUUUUUUUUUUUAAUUUAUGUACUUAUAAUAAUAUGUUAUUGUCGUUUUGGCCCGGCCGCUCGAUAGUCUCUCGUUCCGACUUCGAGUCGCAUAUCUAGUCGAAUUGUCGUUAUCGUAUUAUUAUUAUUAUUAUUAAAUAGGAUUUAGUAUUUUUAACUUUUACUCAUUCAUAUUUGUUUAAUUUUAAAAAGUUUAUGACCCUACAAGGUUCAAUGGACCGUUGCAGAUUUCUUCAGAUACCUACAUAAUAUUACGUAAAGUGUGCAUAUGUGUGACAUUAAAAUCGAAAUCGUUACGAAUUUACGAUUAUAGGUACAUAAAUAGAUACAUAAUAUAGCAUUUUUGCGGUACUGUUAAAGUUUUUUCAAACUUUUAUCAAACAACGAAAUAAUAAAAGUGCAGAACUUCGAUUGAGGUGCUCAUUCGCCAGGAAAAACAGCAAACAGCAACAGUACAAGAUAAAAAUGUCUCGCCUCGUUCGUGUUCCUGCCGUAGACUCAAAAAUGUUUAUCACUAUAGAAUAUUAUAUUAAACAGCAAUUGGAAAUUUUAAUAAUUCUAAUUUCAUAAUAUUUACAUCGAUUAUGUAGUCAUGUGCAUUUAUUUUUUUUUAUCGAUUGAAUAAAUCGAAAAUUGCACCUGAAAAAAAAGGUUCCGUUCGUCAUGUUCAAUUUAAAUUUUAAUUCAAUCGUAUUGUGUAUAUAUAUUAUAUAUUAUAUAUUGUUAUCGUGUUUCAAACAGAUUUUCACAUCUAAAUAAACGAUAUUUAUUUAUCGUUAUAGACUGUAAAAAUAUUACAUAUUACUUUUAUAAUCAAUAAUUAUUGUAAUAUUCUCGGCUAUUGGCAGUAAGCCCCUAUUUGUAUACGCCAUCAAGUUUUCUAACAAAUGCAGAAAAUACUUUUUCAUAAACAAUAUUACAAUAUUAUUAUUAUAAUCAUACAUAACAGUAUUUAAUAAUGCGAUGGACAAUAAAAUAUACGGCCUAGCGCAGCCUUCAAACUCUUUUGCUAUCAGUUUUAGAUUUUUUUUCUAAUAUUUUAUAACCUACAUUUUUGAUUUAUCAUACAAGUAUGACACAAUCGCACGCCUUAUAAUUUAUAUAUAUAUAUAUAUUAUGUCUACGGAAAGUAACUGCUGCUAAAACCAUAAACUUUUUCACCACUUUCGAGCUUCAAAUACGGAUAGAUUAAAUAAAAUAAUAACAACAGUAACAAGUAAAAAUAACAACAAAUACAAUAAUAAAAUAUAUAAGUACGAAACGGAAUUUUAUAUUAUUACU